UUAUUUGAUUAUGUUCUAUUUAACGUGUAUUUUUAUUUUAUUUUGACUAAUUUAACACCUAUAAUGAGUUUAGGAAUUAUGACUUUACGCUUUUUAAUUGUUAUUUGACUACUUCAUUUAGUUAGGGAUUGUCCUGGCUGAAUUGUGUUAAUUGAGAUUGAAUAUUUGUUAAUUGUGAUUGAAUAUUUGAAUUGUCCAUGCUAAAAUUGUUAAAUUUUAGAUUUUAUUCUUUGACAUGAUAUGAAUAUUUAUUUAUUUUAUUAUAAAAAAUAAAAUUUAAAUAUACACUACAAUUUAGUUGGUUAUGUUCAGUUUGGUCAUGCCCCUCUCCCAAACAUGCACCAGCAGACUGAUGAAUCACUUUUUCGCAGCAUACUCGAUGUUGAUGCCGUUGGUUAUGUUCAGUUUGGUUUGUAAUUUGUAAAUGAUACAUUUCAAAAGCUAUGAGAACCUUUUAGAAAGGGAUUUGGAUGUUUCAGUUUAUAUUGAUGAGCACAUCUGUCUAACACAUUUUAGUUAUAUCCAAUGGUGGUGAUUUUGUUGUAAGUUUAGAAUUUGUUAGAUUAUAAUUCAUGGAUACCUUCUGGCCAAAGAUACUUGUUCUCUUGAGAAUUUCUGAAAUUUGGGGCAUGGUAUGUGUUUGUUCUUUUAGAUUUGAUUUUUGAAGUCUUGUUACGUUUUUAAAAUUUCUGAAAUUGAAAUCUGUCAUAUUAUUUUAGAUUUUAUUUCUGAAAUUUGAGGCAUGGUGAAUGUAACACGACAUUUGCGGUGAGAUUUAAAUUCUAUUUCUAUGUGUUUCAUGUGCCCAAGGCUCGCUGGCACCACUUUGAAAGUUGUCAUGACUUACAAAUAGAAAGUUUCUCUCCCAGUAAGGAUCUGUUUAGGAUAAAAUUGUGAGAUGAAGGCAGAUUGUUGUCGAGCAUGUGUUGAAACAAAACAAACAACAUUCAACCCUAAACAAUAUCUCGUGCGGGCCACGCCCAACGUUCAACCCCAUCACACAUAAAAUAUACCUUGCAUUAUAUAUUAAGCAAAGGAUAAUAACUGUUUAUACACUGAUUACAUUAAAGUCAAAUACUUAAAUGUACUACUUUCUUUUUUCAUCAACCAUAAAAUCAACAAAAAAAACAACUCAAUACUAACACUAUUAAACCCCUAACAAACUUAUGCGUUCAACAGAAAACAACACAAUCCACAUAAUGCUUUCUCACGACUUGUGCAUUCAGCAUCGAUCCAUUGAAACCAUUUGCAAUCAUCAUCUUGUCCACAAAAUCAUCCAACAAUUAAUUCCAUUCUCACAAAAUCAUCCUCGGCGAAUGGAUCUGUUCAUGACACCAAUGAAAUAAUAACACUAUCAGUUCAAUUCCACUGCCCUCUUAUGUACCAUUUCAAACUAAAACAAUAACCCAACAAACACAAAAUCGAACGGUGUACACAUACCAAAAGUUGUUGGGAUCUGGAUAUCGAGUUCAGACAUGAACCUUGACUGCUCGAAUUGAGAUGACCAAACAGGCAGACAGAACUCGGUUGCUUCAAAAUUGGAUGGCUAAGCACUAAGACGAUGUGUCAGAUGUCUUUAAAAUCUCAUAAAUGAGAUUGAACAUAAGCUAUAAACAUAGAGCAAAGCCAACUUAACUCGGUAAAAUUCACACAAUGUUGGCAAUUACUACUAAGAUGACAAAUCAAUAGAAAACAGUCAGACUGAAUCAAUGGUUAUGUGGGUAAAGAUAAGAAAUCACAUCUUAAAUCACACAAGACCUAAUAAGAUUCACAUUAGAAAUUUUUUAUGACAACUAUAGCUGGAAACUCUAUUCAAAGUGAUUGUGGAUUUUGGUUUCCUGUAUAUUCUUUUUCUAACCUAAACAACAAAUAAACAAAGAAAUUUAAUUUCAAUUCUUUCAUUUGUCCCCAAUCUUUUUCCUCUCCUUCCACAAAAUCCUAGUUUUAAAGGAUAGUGCAAUUACAGAUCUGAGCGCCUUCUCCCACUUCAACCUCUUCCGAGCAUCAACAUUUUUAUUCCUUAAAGAAAACAAAAAAUUGCCUUUUCAUGAUGUAACUGUUCAAUAAAUCAUAUUCUUUUGCUUUAUGGCCAUUUUUAACUCCACAAUCUUAGACAUGAGCAUCCUAAAUAAAGUCGAUUAAAACAAAAAAUUAAUCAGGAGAAAACGACGACAGAAGAACUUGUAAAGCGCGCACGUGUGCGCGCGUGCGCGCACACAUGACAAUGAUGUAAACAGAAGCAUGAAAUAUCACUCAUCUGUUAGCCAAGUAUAGUUUCUUCUCACAUUCUUCAACCUAAUGGCGAAUGAAGUUAAAAUACAAAGAAUGGAAAAGAAUGCUUCUUGUCAAGGUUAAAAAAAAAAACAAUAGAAGCACCAAAAAGCAUUUUUUUUUCACAAAGAAUUGCAGUCUUCUUAACCCCUCCAGAAAAAAGAAAGAAAAAUCAAGAAAGGGAUAUUUGCAUUUGCAGAAACAAGAAAAGACAAAGAAAGAAGAGAUAAACAUACAUAGGUAAAUACAGGACAAUGAUAUGGAACACACAUCAAAAUGACACUCUGCCUAUUCACCCAAGAACAGAUUUUUACGACCUAGAAAAACAAAAUCGCAAUCUUUUCAGCAAAUGACAUAUGAAAGCAAAUUUCGUCGAGUAGUAAUUAUUCAACGAGUACCUGAUCUGGAAGAAGGGUUUGAAUUGAAACCGAGAGAGAGAGAGAGAGAGAGAGAGAGAGAGAGAGAGAACAACAGUCGAUCCAAGAGAGGAAGGGGGGGUGGGCUGGAAUUUACAAAUAGGAGAGCCGAUUUUGACCGGACAGUUUUACACGUCUUAGUGUUGGGAAUGCACGGGAAGGGAAGAUGGUGGUCGUUGCUGGUGAGGACUGAUGGUGGCAACACCCCGACGUUACGCCGGAGGUCAUCAAGCAGUGGAGAAACAGAGAGAGAGAGAGAGAGAGAUCUCUAGUCCAGUGGAGAGAGAGAGGGUUUUUCAAUCUGGGUCAUUCGAAGAGAGAGGAAUAAGUGGGCGGGGAUUCAAAUUAUUUUACUUUCAAAUUAUCGCGAUAAUUUGGCUUCAUAAUAUCACAAUAAUUUGAGAUUGUCAACUAAGUUGUUGGCCAAAUUGGUUGUGUAGCAUUAUCCUUUUACAUUUUGACUCAUGUUCCAAAAUCUGAGGUACGACCCUGCUUCCUCCCUCCCUCUAACUCUCUCUCCCUCCCUGCCUUUCUCACUCACACAGGUCCGACAGGUCUCUGGCUCUCUCUCCUUCCUUUCCAUAGGUCUCUUACUCGGUGAUCGGAGCACUCAACAGUCAUCACCAGCUCUAAGACGCCGACGAUGAGUCCUAGAGGUCCAAUCUGAUUCUCUCUCCCUCCCUCAUUCUCCGCUCUCAGCCCCUCACUCUAUCUUUCUCACUCCACUGAAUACUAGUGGAUUUUGGGGUUUGAUGCAUUUGAUUGAUUUGGGGAUAUUACUUGUUUAAUAACAUUUAAUGGGUUUAGGGCAUUCAUAUGAUUGAUUGUUUAGGGAUUUUACUUGUUUUAUGGAAAUUUGAUUGAUUUAGGGCUUUUAUAUGCUCUUGGCCACAUUUGCUGCUUGUAUUUAGCUAUUUUUACUGCCAUGUAAUUACUUUUUAGAUUAUGUAAGAAAUGCCCUGUCAUAUUAUCAAAUCCGCGGUCUUUAUUUCUCUAUAAAUUGAAUGCAGUGGAGAAGUGGUGACAUUUGCUUCUAAGGUUUGCUACAACUACAAUUCUAGUUAAGAGAAAGAUUACCAUCUGAAUUUCACAGGAUAAGAAUUUGUGCAGUUUCCCAGUUCUGGACAUGGAAAAGAAGCUAAAUCAUGUAGAGGUAGAACUGAGCUGGAAAACAUUGAGAAUAGUAACAUGAAAGCUGAAUGUUGCUUCAUAGGCUUGUUAUAAUGUUAUACUCUUUCAAACUGCUCAAACUGAUAGGUUAUGGUUUGGGCGGUUUCAGAUGGAUGGUGGUUUGGAAGAGUGCCUAACCUCUAUUGGUGCUUUAGUUUGAGAAACCCCUUUCAAACUGCUCAAAUUGACCAUUGCACACCCCUAAUAACAGUAAAUGAGUUACAUAGCUUUAUGGGACUAGUGGGUUAUAUUAGAUGGUUUGAAAACAAAAAUGGAAAACUGAAAAUAAAAAAUCGAAGAUUCUGUCAAAUAGUCCUAAAGUUUUACAAUCAUGUAGCACUGAAUAUUAUUUCAAUCAUGUUAGGUCACAAGAGCUUUAUUUUACAAAAUAAGACUCGUCAAUUAUGAACUAAAAUUAUGUUGCUAACAUUAUUAAUGACAAGCAAUCAAACACCAUUUUUGUUUUCCUUUUCAAAAUAAUUAAAAUGAAACAAAAAUAGAGAAUAAACACAUUUUUCCUGCUUUAAUAUGUGUAGAUUGAAAUUCACUUUUUGCAAGCAAACCUUUGCUUUCCUGUUAUGUUGAGAAUUUUAAAUAUUUCAUAAAAAAACAUUCCCUCUUUAGUCCUAUACUUUACACGAUUAUUCUUAAUCAACCUAUGAUGAUUUUCAAUAUUUGUAGAGUCCAUUCUCUUUUGUUCCAACUGUUAGUGCCAGUUGCUUGUCUAUUGCUGUUGAUCCAUGAAUUUGGUUUCAGCAUUCUGAAUCAACCAGUUCUCUGAACAGAGAGCUAGUGGAAAUCUGCAAUGAAUAAAGGCGGUAUUGGUGUUGGUGGUGGGAGUGGUGCAGGUGGCGGACCAACUGCUGCUGCCGCAGCAGCAGCAGCCCAAAAGCAGAAAACAUUGUUGCAGAGAGUUGACACUGACAUUGGGACUAUUGCGGACAAUUUCAAUUUUCUUAUUAAUGCAGCUAGGGUCAAUGAACCACCUGUUAGAAAUUCACAACAAGCUUUCAUGAUGGAGAUGCGGGCUGCCAGAAUGGUUCAGGCAGCUGACUCUUUGCUGAAGUUGGUAACGGAGCUGAAGCAGACAGCAAUCUUUUCUGGUUUAGCAUCCCUCGACGACCAUGUAGAGCAAAGAAUAACGGAGUUUAACCAACAGUCAGAGAAAACAGAUCGUCUUUUGGGUAGAAUUGGAGAGGAAGCGGCUGCGAGCCUGAAGGAGCUGGAGUACCAUUACUAUUCCUCAGCUUCUCGGACGAACCAACCAUCCAACAAUGAGUGAACUGAGAGCCGAGCCCACUGCUUCAAUGCUCGGCUCUCCCGAGUUAAACUCUGUUAUGGAAAGAUUUGAACCUUCUCAAGACAAACAACAGGAGGAGCUUCCUUCCACUGGAUUGUACAAAACCAUUAUAAAACAUGGAUAGGACAUCUCUCUCAUGGUAUUACUAUUCUAUGUGCUCAAUGGGAGGGAACUUACAUCUGAAGUCUAGUGCAGCAAAGCAACCUGCAGUUGUAAAUUGUUUUGGAUUAUUAAUGGUUGGAUUGCUUUAUGCAAGCCCCUAAUGGCACUGUUUUUGUUUGGGAAGGGCUAUUUUUACAAUGUUUUGUGAAUCCCUAAAACAUUAAGGUUACGUUUGAUAGGGGUGGAAAAUGAGAAUGAAAUUUAUUUUCUAUCCAAA